AUGCCUCCUCCCCUCGCACCCGUGGCUCCUGCUGACGCGGGCUCACCUGCCCAAUCUGCGCCUGUCUCUGCGCCGCCCGCUCCGGCUGCUGCUGCCGAACCCCUGGCUCCGCCUGCAGUGUCGCCGGCGCCGCUCCCUGAUGCGGCUGUUGUGGAUCCUCCUGUUCUGGUCCCUGCCGCGCAUGUUGCACCACUCGCUGCUGUCCCCGCCGUGUCGGCGCCGGCCGUUGCUUUGUCACCGCAGGCGUCCGCCACCACUGGCGGCCCGGCUUCGUUGCUUGCGCCACCGGCGGGUCAGCCGUCACGCCCCUCCUCUCCUGAUCGCCGCCCGUCUCGGCCCCAUUCUCCUGCGCUCCACCAGGAGCGCGAGUCGUCGCAGCGCCGACGUGAUUCUCCUCGGCGCUACCACCAGCAGUCUCACUGGCCUGCUCACCCCGGUGGUCAUGCGGGCUGGAGGGGUCCCCGCGGGCGUGGCGGUGGCGGGGCGUACCGCCCGCCAGUGACAAUGGCGGAUCUGCAGCGAGAGGUGUCGAGGGCAGUGCGCGUGGAGAGGGAGGCGCAGAGCCAGAGCAGUUCGCUGCGGGACGCGCCAGCGCAGGUGGCUCCUCUGGCUGGUGUGGAAUUCGUGGCCGCUGGCGGAGGAGCGGCGGGCCCGCAGAACUCCCUGUAUCUCGGUGCGGAUGAGCCGCAUUCAUUCCUGGCGGUGGCUCUUCAGCCCCCGCAGACCCGUGUUCCCGAGGCGACACUCGGCCAGCUGCACCGUCUCGCGGAGAGUCUUCACGCGCUUCUGCUGAUUCAGGUGGUGGCUCACUCGUCCCUCCCUGCGAUCCCUGCUGAAUCGUUUCGCGACCGGCCGCGCGAGACUUGCUUGGACGCGGCGGACCAGCUCGCACAGCUGCUGGCGCCCGCGUUGGCUGCGCCCGCAGAGGGUGGCGCUGCGGCUGUGGGACAGCUUGAUGAGGAUGUCCGGGGCUUAAGGCGACACUUGCGCGCUGGAUCUGGAUUUAGGGUUUAG